AUGGCCAUCUCAUCUGCUAUGGGGAUGAAACUGCAGGAAUGGAAGAUGAAUGGAGCCCCAGCUACAGGUGCUCCCUUAUGUCCCUUGCCUUAUCCAGCUACAGGAAUGCAAGGGCUUCCUGCCCAGCCGUGGGGUCCUGCUCCUGGGAGGAAACCGGUCCAGUUCAUGGAUUUCGAGGGGAAAACAUCAUUUGCAAUGUCAGUGUUCAACCUCAGCAAUGCUAUCAUGGGCAGUGGCAUCACCAUGGCCCACACAGGGGUGCUCUUCUUCCUGGCCCUGCUGCUGUGCAUUACACUUCUGUCUUCAUACUCUAUCCACCUCCUGCUGACUUGUGCUGGUGUUGUAGGCAUCCGAGCCUAUGAGCAGCUGGGACAGAAGGCAUUUGGACCUGCAGGGAAGGCAGUAGUGGCUGGGUUCAUCUGUCUGCAUAAUGUUGGGGCCAUGUCCAGUUACCUGUUCAUCAUCAAAUCUGAACUCCCCCUGGUUAUUGGCACCUUCCUGCACAUGGACCCAAGGGGUGAGGACUGGUUCUUGAAGGGAAACCUCCUCAUCAUCAUUGUCAGUGUGCUUGUCAUUCUGCCUCUGGCCCUCAUGAAAUACUUGGGCUACCUGGGGUAUACCAGUGGUCUCUCUCUGACCUGCAUGCUGUUUUUCCUCAUUGUGCUCAUCUAUAAGAAGUUCCAGCUUGGCUAUGCUGUUGGCCGCAAUGAGACAGCAAUGGAGAGUGAAUCCUCACCAGACCUCUCCGCCCAGGGGCUCAACAGUAGCUGUGAGGCCUAGUUGUUCACAGUAGACUCUCAGAUGUCUUACACAGUGCCCAUUAUGGCUUUUGCCUUUAUCUGCCACUCUGAGGUGCUGCCCAUCUACACAGAGCUCUGCCGGCCCUCCCAGCACAGGAUGCAGGCUGUGGCCAACGUGUCCAUUGGGGCCAUGUUCUGCAGGUAUGGGCUCACAGCAACCUUUGGAUAGCUCACUUUCUAUAGCAGCAUGGAGACAGAGAUGCUGCUCAUGUACAGCAAGGAGGAUGUGCUCAUCCUCUGCGUGCGCCUGGCCAUGCUGCUUGCCAUGACCCUCACUGUACCACUUGUGCUGUUCCCUGUGCAUGGGGUCAGGGCACUUAGGUCUUGAUCCCUGCCCUUCCCUCUCUGGUCACAUAGAUCUGCUGGGCCCUGCAGCAGCUGUUUCUCCCUGCUUGUUUUGGGCAAUGUCCUUGUCAUCUGUGUUCCAACCAUCUGGGACAUCUUUGGGGUUAUUGGGUUGACCUCAGUCGCCAGCCUCAUCUUCAUCCUUCCCAGUGUCUUCUACCUCCGCAUUGUACCCUCUGAGGUGGAGCCCUUCUUUUCCUGGCCCAAGAUCCGGGCCCUGUGUUUUGGCAUCCUGGGGGUCCUCUUCAUGGCCAUCAGUCUAGGCUUUAUGUUUGCCAACUGGGUCACAGGCCAGAGCCAUGUGUUUGGACACUGACCGUGUCCUGCCCUGCCCGGGUCCCCAUGCGCAUGUGCACGUGUGCAUGUGCAUUCAUGUGGAGAGGAUUGGAGCCAUUCUCUUGGGUACCUCCUGCCUGGCAUGUGGAGGUGGCUGGUUCCAUUAAUGUGGUUGUCAGAGGUGGGAGACAACAGAGGCUGCAGAGUGGUCCACUUCCCUCUUCCUCAGGGAUGCUUAACUUGGAUCAUAGCUGUGAUCCCAACCCUACCUCCAUGGAAGCAGUAGGAGGCCAGGUCCCUGGGGAGCCCUGGCCGAGCCCAGUCCUCUUUGCCUCCUCCUGGUGGAAAUUGUCUGUCAGGAUUACCCUCAGGCUAAAG